AUGACGCCGAAAACCCAUUUUCAUCAGGUUUCAAGGUCCACCCCGCACUGUAAGACGUCAUCAACACGCAUCAAAAACCUUCAGGUUCAGGGUAAACCUGCGCUCAUACUUUCAAGUUAAUCCGGCAAUCCUUCUCAUUCAGUCACUCACAUACGAGUUCAGGGGGACUGUGGUGAUUCCUUCAACUCAUUCAUUGAACUCGUCUGCUCAUUCCCACUUUGCGAUGCUUCCUUCUCUGCUGAUUCCUUCAUAUGACUCCCAGUCAUUCCUCUCUCCCGUCGUUGGCCAACGGCACCUCCCCUUU